AGACAGAGACAGAGACAGACACCAACACUUUAACUGUAACACACAGGCUCUUACACUCAGGAUCUGACCACAGAUCAGACCCAGAGAGGCUGGGGCCCCUGGGCAGUCACCCUGCUCCUGGCUCAGAGUAUUUACCAAUGUUUCGCCAGAGGACGGUUCAUUCCCGUGGGGAUGGUGACGCGUUAGACACUGGCGGUUUACCGUCUUGUUCUUACGCUAUAGAGAUGGACCCUGGCAACAUGCCCUUGGGUUUAGAGAGACAGACUGAUCUGUCUAGAGGGGACUGGAACCAGUACAGUAGUAGUGUAUACUCUGAAGGGUGCCUAGAUAAGAAAGGGGAGGGUUUAGUCAUAGAUGAAGUGACUGUGAAAGUGGAGGGCCACGUUCCUCCCACAUGGAAUGCCGAUAGUCACCUAGGAGACGAACACUCACAGGGCAGAGAUUUAUUAGAUUACAGGGAAAGCUUAGAGACAAAUCCAAAUGUCGUUACCCACUCCCCUUUACACAUGCUCAGUGAUUACGAUCCAGUGUCCACGUCGAUGGGGCCUUCCGAUUCACACGGCCACGUCCUUUUUGAUCAGGUAUUGAACUCAAAUGACAGGGCUAGAGCCCAGACUCAGGGAGGGGGAGACACAUCAGGCAAUAGUAAAGAGAAACGGUUCUUCUGCAUGUUCUGUAACAAAGGAUUCAGCUGCCUCCAGAAGGUGGAGAUCCACCAGAGGGUCCACACAGGGGAGAAACCCUUCAGUUGUACACAGUGUCAUAUGCGCUUCACCCAGGGUGGCCACCUGAAGAGGCACCAGAUGGUCCACACAGGGGAAAAACCCUACAGCUGUACCCAAUGUCACAUGCGUUUCGCCCAGGCUGGUGACCUGAAGAGGCACCAGCGGGUCCACACAGGGGAGAAACCGUACAGCUGCCCCCUGUGUGAGAAGAGGUUCUCAGAGAGGACCUACCUCAGGAUACACCAGCAGAAAAAACAUUCCACUCAAUAGAAACAUAGAAAAUAACCAUUCCACUUGAUAGCUUCGGACUUGAGAUCAAACCCUUCACUAAAGACAAAGAUUCAUUUUAAUUGUUGUCAGUAGAAAAUACCCACAGAUGCAUUUGGUAUAAGGAGAUUAACAUAUUUCAGUGUUGAAUAUUCCUGGGUAGAAUAUUGCAUCCAGACAUUGUGUGAUAUAUUUAAGCAAUAAGGCACAAG